CCAGUAUGUUGGACGUAAUGGACGUCUUGCAUGGGAGCCAUGCACAUGACUUACGUACAUUAUUAUUAUGUACAAUAAUUUUAUGUACAUCCAACACCGAUUGACAACAUGACCGGCAAUGGAACACCGAUCUCCUCAGGCACCGGGCAUGAAGAACCACGACGACGGAAGAUUACCGAUCCCACAUCCCCGUACUAUUUGUCAAGCUCGGAUUCUCCGGGGCAGAACAUCUGCGGAUUUACCUUGAAAGGGGAAGGGAAUUACCGACAAUGGGCGACUGCCAUGAAAAACGCCUUCCGUGCUAAACGGAAGAACGGCUUCGUGGAUGGCAGUAUUACCCGACCGACCGAACACAAUGAUGACAUUGAGGACUGGAUCAGCAUUAAUUCAACGCUGGUGGGAUGGGUUAUGACGGCAAUUGACUCAUCCCUACGAUCGAAUAUCGCCUACAUGGACGACGUACACGAUCUGUGGGACGACUUGAAGGCGAGGUUUGCAAUUGGCGAUUCCAUGCGGAUCUACGAACUCAAAGAUAUGAUACGAGGGUGUAGGCAGAACGGAGAUUCAAUUUCGGUGUAUUACGGCCGGCUAAAAACCCUUUGGGAUGAAUAUGAUGAGUACCGGGUGGCACCCAAAUGUGUGUGCACCAGGUGCACAUGUGAUCUGGCAAGGCAAUUUGCUAAGCAAAUAGAAAACGAAAAGGGCCAUGAUUUCUUGCUUGGUUUAGAUACGGAAAUAUUUGGAACCUUACGUUCAAAUAUCUUAAGUCAAGAGGAUUUGCCAGCUUUGACUAAACUGUAUAACAUGUUCACGCAAGAAGAGCGUCAUAGAAAUAUGAUGCGAGGGCGAGAAGAGCGGACUGAUGCUGUGGCAUUUGCAACUGGACCUAGUUCGUUUCCUGUACGUUCUGAACAGAAGGUCGUUUGCACUUUCUGUAAGAAGCCCGGCCAUGAGAUUGACCAAUGCUUUAAGCGCACCGGAAAAUAUCCGGACUGGUGGUAUGAUAAUCCGGGGAAGGGACGAGGAGGACGUGGCCGGGGUGCUGGACGGGGGCGUGGCAAAGCUGUGGCGAAUGCUGUUUGUUUUGAUGAGUCGCCUGGGUCCAACGUGUCUCAGGUGGGGACACAAGCCUCGAACAUCAGUCAGCCUUCGUGCUUCAGUGAUGAGCAGUGGAGAGGUUUUCUGCAGCUCAUGGAAACGUGCAAAGCAUCGUCAGUGUCGGCUGAAAAAUUAACAGGACCUGCCUACGAGGAUGCCGAUUGGAGUGGGUAGACGCCGCGGGGGAGUGUACUAUUUUCACAGUAUUGAGGAAGCUCUGGCUCUAGCAGUAGGAGAAGAAAAUAAAAGUGAGAUUUGGCAUGCAAGGCUCGGCCAUCCUUCACCAUCAGUUUUACGUAAAAUAUCUAGUUCUAAUACUGUGAUUUCUUCUAUUAAUUUGCAAAAUAAACCUUGUGAUGCUUGUUUACGGGCCAAGAAAACUAGAGAUGUAUUUGGAAUAAAUUCUG